UUAUUUACAGAUUUUUUUUUGGUGCCCUCGAGAUUAAGGAGAAACACGUAUAAUACAUUUCCAUGUAAACUAAUAAGGUCGUGAUUUUUGAAUUUUCAGGAACGAAAGUAGACAAAAUGGCAAGCCAAUUAGCUAUUCAACGCCUGAAAAAUCUCCUCAGUGAGAAGGAAGAGCUGGACAAUGUGGUUGCUGCCAAAAUUGAGAAGUUGACGGCUGAACUGCAAAGACCGGAUGAUCAUUUUGACCCAGUUCAAAGGAUUGUAGAUGGCUUCAUCAACUUCAGGAUCAACAAAUUCGAAAAAUACCCAGAUUACUACAACGAGCUUGCCAAAGGACAAAACCCCAAGUUUCUGGUAUUUGCAUGCUCGGACUCCCGAGUGAGUCCCUCACAUAUCCUUAGUUUCCAACCUGGGGAGGCCUUCAUGGUUCGCAACAUUGCGAACAUGGUUCCUGCAUUCAAUCAGCUGAAAUAUGCAGGAGUUGGAGCAGUCAUAGAAUAUGCUAUUACAGUACUCGGGGUAACAAAUAUUUUGGUAAUCGGACACAGUCAUUGUGGUGGGAUAAAGAGGCUUAUGACUCACCCUGAGGAUAACUCUGUUCCCUUCGACUUCAUAGACGAAUGGGUCAAAAUCGGUUUACCCGCCAAGGCAAAGGUUAUAGCAAAGGAAGGGGACGCCGAUAUUAAUGAACAAUGUGAGGAUUGUGCAAGGGAAGCAGUAAAUUUGUCACUGGUAAACCUACAAAGUUACCCUUACGUUCAAAAGGCACUCUCGGACAAAAACCUAGCACUCAGGGGUGGUUACUAUGACUUUAUUCAUGGGAUUUUGGAGCUAUGGGAGGUUGGGUCGCACAUUUCACCUUCCAUCAUCGUACCAGCACCUUAACUGCAUGUUCGUUUGCUUGAAGUCGAGGUGUAUAUGCAUCUCAACAAGGGUGAUUAUAAAUAAAGUAGAUGAAAACCUGGUGGCCCUUCUUUAAUUUGCUUGCGUAUGUUGGGUUUUUUACCUCGAUGAAAGUAUAACAUUGUAUCUUUUGUUAAGUUGUACUGUACUCUAUGUACCAUUAAAACAAAUAUGGUAAUAAAGUAGUUAUUAAUU